UCCGUGGUUCAAAACAAACAAGUGAUUAUAAGCAUUGAAUAUUGCAAACAAAUUGCCCAACCUGAAACCAUAAUAAUUUUGGAAAAGUUAGUAGAGGCUUUUGAGAACGUUUCAAAUUCAGAAGAAAUCAAAUUAAUUUAUGAUUGUGCAGCAAAAGGAGAAGAUUUGAAAAAUUUAAAACAAGUGUUAAAUCUUGACAACCAUGUCAUUAAAAAAAUUCCAGAAAUGCAAGAGGAAUUGGGUACUAUAUAACACCAUUUAUUGGGCAAAAGGUAACACACUUCUAUUAAUCACCAAUGGCAGUGGAUACCAUGUAAUUGAGGCAUUUUAUGAGAAUGUUCCAAUUUUAACUUUGCCCUACAUCGUGGAUCAGUUUUAUGUUUCUGAAGCUUUGAAAACUACUCAUGAAAUUGAAAUUGAAAAUUUUGCUGGGAAAGGAGCAAUUAUUGGAGGAAGCUCCAAGCAUGUGAAUGGACGAGGCAAAUCCCCACAUUUUACUCGAAAUAAAUCCCCAACUAAAAUCAGUCUUCGUGGUGGGCAUAAAAGUUCAGGCAAACAGGGAGAGAAACGUCACAUUGGCAAACAGAAAAUAAAAAUUGAUGCUCCAACAUUGAGCUUCAACCUUAUGUUAAAUCAAAAUAUUGAAACGAUUGAAAAAGUAUUGAAGGAGGCGCUGUUUGAUGCUAGUUACAAGGCUAAUGUUAACAAGGUUCAUCAAUAUUUGCGCAAGACAAUGAACAAGGACAAUCGUAGUAAUCCGAAAAAUAUUUUCCUCGAGAAAAUAAAUGAAAUUCUUCAUAAAUCUGAUGGAGGAAGUGGAAAUGAUUUGAAAAGUAAAUUGUAA